AUACCUGCGGAUGGAUCAUCCAUCGCCAGUCAUGUUGGAUCCGUUUCCGACCUGCUAUCGACAUUUAUGACGGCACUGCUUGGACGCAUUUCCGACCUUUUGGGUUUGAGUGAAGAAGUGAGGCGGGAAAUUUGGCAAAAGGGUGGCAAUAGGAGAGACGAUUGGCUAUAUUUCUACGAAAGGCGAGGGAUUCUGUUGUGUCUUUCUUGUGAAUGGUAUCAAUUCGAUUCAAUUCUAGUAUUGAUCAGUCAAGCGAGAAGCCAAACCCUAGUGACCUGCAUAUAUCGAUAUUGA